AUGACAACCCUGAAUGUUGCAGUUAUCGGAGCUGGCCCGGCCGGUCUCACGUUGGCGAAGCUGCUGCAACGUGCAUUUAUUAAAUGUAACGUCUUCGAAAGAGAUGUCGACCGGCACGCGAAGAAUCGCGGGGGCUGCUUAGACCUCCACACGGACUCCGGGCAACUGGCCUUAAAAGAGGCCGGCUUACUCGAAGAGUUCAAGAAGCUGGUCAGACCGGAGGGCGAGACUCUACGGAUAUUCUCAUCCAACGGUACGAUACUCAUGGACGAGAGUAGAGGCGAACCCGGUCGUCCCGGAGAGUUCGCUGACCGCCCCGAGAUCGACCGUACGCAGUUGCGUGACCUGAUGUUGGAUUCGCUCGCCCCCGGGACUGUGCAUUUUAACUCCAAACUUGUCAAAAUCCACACUCAAGAGAAUUCCAAGUUGACUUUGGUUUUUGACAAUCAUGAAAAACCCGACUUCGACCUCGUCGUCGGUGCUGACGGGGCAUGGUCUAAGGUCCGACCGAGCAUCAGCGAUACCGAGCCUUUCUACUCGGGCAUCGCAGGUCUAGACUGUCGUAUCUCAGAUGUGGACGCUAAGCAUCCGAAUCUAUCCGCCCACGUGGGACAAGGAAUGUGUCUUAAUUUGGGGUCGAACAAGGGGCUUAUGUGCCAACGUAAUGGCGACGGCACGGUUCAGCUCUACGCCUUCGCCCGUGUACCAGUCGACUGGUUCUCGGCGUCCGGGAUCGACCCCACCCAUCCAGAUGCUCGGAGACAGGUUGUUGAUGCGCUUUAUCCAGAAUAUUCUGACCUGCAGAAGGCACUAGUACUAGACAGCGAUCCGGACACUGUAGGACGACAAUUGUAUAUGCUUCCCGUUGGGUUCCAGUGGUCACACAAUCCAAGGAUUACACUUAUUGGAGACGCGGCACAUCUAAUGAACCCGUUCGCGGGAGUCGGCGUCAACGUAGCCAUGAAAGACUCAUUGGAACUUGCACAUGCCAUAAUGGGCGAGGGCACCGGAAAAGAUUCAUCAUUAUUGAGCGAACGUCUUGUAAAGUUCGAAGUUGACAUGUGGGCGCGCGCAAAGAAAAAUGCAGAAGCUACGGUGAUGUACCAGGACCUAUUCUUCCACGAACGCGGCGGCAUCGCCAUGGUGGAGUACUUUGCAAAGAGACGAGAAGAAGAACAAAGGUCACAAUCGAACGGAGCGAAGAAUAGUUAA